UCUUACAGAAGACUGGAAAGAGGAGUAUAGACCCAAGGAUUAUAUAAAAGAACUAUGGUAUAAAGAUUUCCUCAAGCCAAUCUCACAAGCGGAAUUAGGUGAAAUACUUCAAACACUUCCAAACAACAAGGCAUUAGGACAGUUACAAAUUAACUACAAAAUAUUUAAGAAACUGAGUCAAGAUGAAAAGAAAAUCCUGAAAAGAAUAUUAAAUAAUUUCUUGAGAUGGGAGGUAACUUCCACUUGUUGGAAACAGAGCUAUAUAUAUCCUAUAGCCAAACCAAAACCAUAA